GUCAACUACAUGUUGGUAGGUUCUGUAAUACUCUUACAUGCAAAAAAAAAAAAGUAUAUUAUAUGGCACAACAGAAGAAGAUAUUAUAACAGCGAUCUUGAUGUUGUAAACAGAGGAACGCAACGGAAAACAAAACAGCUAAAACUGCCAUGAAGGGACUUUACUGCCAAAAAGGAGACCAGGGUGAUGUGAAGUUUGUCAUACAGGAGACAAAUGCACCCAAUAAACUUGGCAGCCAUCAGGUCAAAGUUCAAGUGAAAUGCUGUGCACUAAGUCCAGUUGAUUUUAAGCUGUAUGAGGACCUCAAGAUUGAGAUAGAAAAUGUCCCAGUCGGAAGGGAGAUCGCUGGGGUUGUUCUUCAAGUUGGACCCAAAGUCACCUUUUUCCAGCCAGAUGAUGAGGUUGUUGGGAUUCUUCCUUUGGAUGCUGAACAGUCUGGCCUUUGCUCCGUCGUGGUUACUGAUGAAUAUAAUUUAGUUCAGAAGCCUGAGAAAGUGAGCUGGUUUGAAGCUGCAGCAGUGAUUAAAGACGGUCUCAGGGCUUUCACAGCUCUCCACACCCUGGCUCGGAUGGCUGCGGGUCAGACUGUACUGGUGCUGGAUGGGGCUGCUCCCUUUGGAGUUCUGGCCAUUCAGCUCGCCCAGUAUCACGGUGUGAAAGUCCUGGCUACAGCAUCGUCUCCGGAGGACCAGAAGCUUUUGGAAGAGCUCCGGCCGAGUGUGGCUCGAGUGAUCAGAGUGUGGGACUCAAAGCAGGAUUUGGUGGACUCAUGCCUUGAAGAAACCGGAGGUCUUGGAGUGGACAUCAUCAUUGAUUCAGGAGUGAGACUUUCUGAAGAGGAUCCAGAAGCACAGAGGCAUUGCCCGCAUAAACAUGACCUCCUUACCCUUCUUUCAGUGGGAGGUCAUUGGGUGACCACAGAACAACACUUACAGCUGGACCCUCCUGACAGCCACAUUCUCUUCCUGAAGGCAGCCUCUCUCUCGUUCCUCAACGACGAGGUCUGGACAACAUCCCGGGCCAAGCAGGGCCGAUAUCUCCAUAUCUUAAAAGAUGUGAUGGAUAAACUCUGCACAGGGACCUUCAGGCCUCAAUUGGGGGACCCCGUGCCUUUAUAUGAAGCUACGGUGUCCAUGGAGAUGGUACAGAGAAAGCAAGCGAGGAAGAGAAUAGCGGUCAAGCUUUGAAGAAGGCUCAAAAUAUUCUUUCCAUAAUUCUGUACAUUUUAGUUGUUAUAAAUCUCAUGUUUUUGUCGGUUGUACUUUCAGUGGAUUGUUGGUAUUUAAAAAUGUUAAAAUUCUUUAAAUGGAAAUCAGCCUCAUUCCAAAAAGCAUGCAUCACAGAGCAAAAAGUCUUUACAUUAUUUGAAAAAUUGUGUGUGUAUAUGUAUAUAUAUAUAAACUUAUGAAAUAAUUUACAUAACUAGACCAAAGAGAGAGAUUUUUUAUGACAUACUGUAUAUGCGAUUUUCCCUUGUCAAGCACUCCAAGUGGAUUUUUAACCGCACCAUCUGAUCCCGUUUCUUUUGCCUAUUAAUUAAGCUCUGUAUGGAAACGGAUUGGAUAAUGCUGACCUAGAAUUCGGCAUCAUUGUUCAGAGGUAUGCAUUUGAUUAUGAGUAGUCUCCUACCAGAAACGCAGCAUGUAGCUCAUUUGCUUUCAAUAGAAGAUUUGUGUUUGUUAAGAUCUCAUUGUUCUAAAUGUCCCCUCAUCUUCCUGUCCACCAUUCUGGAACUGUCACAGCUAUCUAGGAGAAAAACCAAUUGUUGAAGCUCAGAAAUCCCAAACUGUGGGGGCAAUAUAAAGAGAGAUCACCUAAAAAUUACAAUUCUGUCAUCAUUUACUCACACUUGUGUCAAUCCAAACCUGCAUGAUGUUAUUUAUAAAAUUAAAAAAAAAAUUCAUACUGAUAAUUUCAAUGCAAUGAAAACGAAUAGAGGUAAGUGAAUGUUGAACAAUAAUUUGUAGUACAGCAAUAAUAAUAAUAAAAA